AUGGUGUCUGUCACGUCCCAGGCAGUGGGGGGAACUACAGAGACCCUGUGUGCUCAUGUCUACCCCGAGAGAAAGCUAGUGUCAGUAGUGGUGAGACUGCACACAGACGAGACCAGCUGGGAUCUCCUGAAGCGGAGAGUCGCAGUUCAGGAGUUCUAUGAGUGUGUGUCCUUCAAGGUUCCAGAUGUGAACAUAGAGACAGAGGCUUCUGUGGACAUUCAGGUCAGUGGAAAGGGAAUAUUUCUGAACAAGACCACAAAAAUCCUCAUAACACCUCCAGUUCGCCUGACCAUCAUUCAAACAGAUAAACCAAUCUACAAACCUGGACAAACAGUGAAAAUCCGUAUAGCCUCUCUGACAUCCAGCUUUCAAACCUACGAUCAGCAGUUUCCAACAAUAGAGAUCCAGGACCCUAAUUCCAACCGUAUUGGUCAAUGGUUAAAUCAGUCCACGUUCAGUGGUAUCUUGGACCUGUCAUAUCCCUUGAACUCAGAGGCUCAACAUGGAUUCUACAUUAUCACUGUCUGGAACGAGAGAAAUGAACAAAUCACACAAGACUUUGAAAUCAAUGAAUAUGUGCUGCCAACGUUUGAGGUGAUCGUCCAACUUCCUCCAGUCAUAACCAUUUUGGACACGGAGGCCACUCUGAAAGUCUGUGGAAAUUACACCUAUGGGAAGCCAGUGAAUGGGUCUGUGAUAGCAGUCGUGUGCCGUAAACAUUAUGUGUGGUGGUGGUUUGGGUAUGACAGCAAAUCGAAUUUAGACAUCUGCAAAACGUAUUCCAUGACGACUGAUAAGGCGGGCUGCGGAUCUGCCGUUUUAAAUCUGGAAGAGUAUGCACUGACUGCAACAGAGUAUGAAGACGUUAUUAACGUGGAAGCUCAACUGGAGGAAGCUGGCACUGGGGUGGUACUGAAUGGGACUGGAAGCACAACUAUCACAAUUAAUAUGCUCAACAUUAACUUUGAGGAGACACCGGCUUCCUUUAGGCUUGGGAUGCCCUUCAAUGGAAAGAUUAAAGUCACUGGACCAAACUCUGUUCCUGCAAAAGAUGAACACGUGUAUCUAAUAGUGAGGUAUGAUGACGAUAAAAAUGUGACAUGGACACUGGUCACAGAUGCAAAUGGUACCGCCCCCUUCUCUUUAAACACAGCUUUAUGGGGAUCAAAGUCAGUUUCUUUGGAGGCUAAAAGCGAUAAGUCAGUGGAGCAGUAUGGGUAUAUGAGUGUACGCAAACCAACAUACUUCAGUGCUUACCUCUGGGUCCAGCCCUUCUACUCCGAAAGCAAUUGUUUCCUGGAGCUGCAGCCCUCUCCCAGGCCGUUCUACUGUAAUAAACCUGCUGUGGUGAACGCUCGGUACAUCAUAAACAGCAAUGUUUUAACCCAGUGCCAGAAGUCGAUGACUUUCUUCUAUAUGGUGAUGUCCAAAGGCAGUAUGGUUCAGUACGGACAGCUUUCAGCACCCAUGAGAAAGGAAACAGUAAACAAAGGAACACUGACGAUUCAGCUGGAGCACGUGAAAAACAUGGCUCCGUUUGCUCAGGUGGUCGUGUACACUAUCCUUCCUAAUGGGGAGGCCAUGGCAGACAGCAGAGACUUUGCCGUUGAUCUGUGCUUAACCAACCAGGUGUCUUUGAUAUUCCCUUCUCCUACGGAGCUCCCAGGAGGCCAGACUUCCUUGAUUCUGAAAGCUCAGCCUGGGUCUCUUUGCUCUGUGAAGGCCAUUGAUCGAAGUUUGCUACUGCUGAAACCAGAGAAAGAGCUGGACAUUGACUAUGUCUUCAACUUGCUGCCUGUUCAGAAGUUAUCAGGAUACCCAUACAACAUUUACGAUGAGGAACCAAAUCCUUGCAUUUCAAGACCCCCUAUAAGACCACCUAUAAUAGGGAUAGUGCCUCAACCCCUUCCAGAAGUAAGACCUGCACCAGUGGCUGCUGCACUGAGUCCAAGACUUAGAACCUCUUUCUUUCCUUAUUACUCCAGCAGCACUGAUGUGUUCAGCGUCUUUAAAAAUAUUGGGAUCAAGAUCUUAACCAAUGCUGAAGUGAGGAAGCCUGUUGACUGCAGUGGACCUAUAUUUCUGGCCCGCCCAGCUGUAGCCGCUAUGGAUGCACCUAUGGAGUUCGGUGCUCCCAUGCUUCUGGCCAGAGAAACAGCUGUGGCAGCUCCUGACGUGGCAGUUCAAUCAGAUCAAACGAUUCGUACAUACUUCCCAGAGACCUGGAUCUGGGAUCUUGUUCCAGUUGGGAAAUCGGGAAUCAUGGGGGUGAAGAAAACUGUUCCAGAUACCAUCACCACGUGGUCAGCCAGAGCAUUUUGUAUGUCUGCAGUAGGAUUUGGAAUUGCACCGAAGGCCGAGCUCACUACCUUCCAGCCCUUCUUUGUUAGCCUGACCCUGCCUUACUCUAUCAUCCGGGGGGAGGUGCUCCCACUUAAGGCCACCGUCUUCAACUACCUCAGCGGCUGCAUUAUGGUGAAGGUGACGCUGGCCCACUCAGAGCAGUUUACAGCACAGCAGUGUGAGAGAUGCAUUUACACACGCUGUCUAUGUGCUGAUGAGAGCUGGACCUUCAAAUGGACAGUUCAGGCUUCUGCUCUAGGGACGUUGAGCUUUAAUGUGAGUGCAGAAGCCCUGCAGACGAAUGUGCUGUGUGGGAGUAGGUCGGUCACUGUGCCAGAGAAAGGACGCAUGGACACUGUGGUGCAGACGCUGUUAGUGAAGGCAGAGGGAACUAAGCAGACCAACACUUACAACGAGCUGCUCUGCAUGACAGGUGCCGCUGUUGAGAAGACCAUCUCACUGCAGCUGCCCACUGAGUAUGUGCAGGGUUCUGAUACAGCAUCAGUCUCAGUACUGGGAGAUCUGAUGGGCCGUGCGCUGAAGAACCUCCAGAGUCUGCUGGCCAUGCCGUACGGCUGUGGAGAACAGAACAUGCUGCUCUUCGCUCCCAACAUCUUUAUCCUUCUGUACCUGGAGAGCAGUGGUCAGCUCACACCUGAGAUCAGAAGCAAAGCCACCACUUUCCUAGUGAGCGGCUACCAGAGAGAGCUGACCUACAAGCAUGAUGAUGGAUCUUACAGUGCUUUUGGAAUGUCUGACCCAUCAGGCAACACCUGGCUGACUGCGUUUGUGAUGAAGUCUUUCAGUAGCGCAAUGAAAUACAUUUUUGUAGAUCAGCAGUACGUGGACAAGGCCAAGGACUGGCUGGGGCUGCAGCAGCAGGAAAACGGCUGCUUCGCCUCAGUGGGUCAGCUCUUCCACAGCGACAUGAAGGGAGGCGUUUCUGAUGAGCUGACUCUUACAGCAUAUAUAACGGCUGCAAUGUUGGAAUUAGGCACUCCAGUUUCUGAUCCUGUGGUGGAGAAGAGUCUCACAUGCCUGAAAAGCAACUUUACUCAGCUCAACUCCACCUACAGCAUUGCACUACUCUCCUACGCCUUCACUCUGGCUGAAGACCAUCAAAUGAGGCUUGAGAGCCUCAAUAUCUUGGACGAACAGGCCAUAGUGACAGCCGGUGGGCGACACUGGAGUAGACUGAAUGAUGGGAAGACGCUGGACUCUCUGGAGGUGGAGAUGACAUCGUAUGUACUUCUGGCUAUACUCUCUGGACCCCAGCUGCAGGGGUUUGACCUGGGCUACUGUGCUAGCAUCGUCCGCUGGCUGGCCCAGCAGCAGAAUGCUUUUGGAGGCUUUGCAUCUACACAGGACACUGUAGUAGCUCUUCAAGCUCUGGCAAAGUACAGCGCCGUCACCUAUAGCCCUGCGGGCACCACUGUAGUCACUGUGACCGGACCCUCUGGCAAUACGUUAACCACCUUUACAGUCAACCAAAGCAACAGACUGCUGGUGCAGGAGUCCAGCCUGCAGCAGACAUCUGGAAACUACAGUAUCAGGGCAGAAGGAAAUGGCUGUGUGUUGGUGCAGUUCACUUUGAACUACAACAUCCCUCCUCCAGCUAACUACUUGUCCUUUAAUAUCUUCGCCAAUAUAUCUGCAAAAUGCAGCGACCUGAUCCCAUCUGCGGAACUGUCUGUAACUGUCCGGUACAAUGGGAAUAGGGUAGAGACCAACAUGGUGAUCAUUGAAGUCAGACUGCUGUCUGGGUUCAGGCUGGAUGAGAAGUCCCUGUUCUUGUCUAAUGAUACUUCAGCGCUGAAUGAAGGUGCUAUCAAACGGGUGGAUCAGAAGCAGGACACUGUCUUCAUCUACCUGGAUGGACUGACUAGAGGGGAGUUUAAGACAUACCAUCUGGUCAUCCUGCAGCAAACAGUCGUGCAGAAACUGAAACCAGCUGUCAUAAAGGUGUAUGACUACUACCAGACCAGUGACGUGGCGGUUGCUGAUUACACCUGGCCUUGUAACUGACUAUACAGCUAAAACACAGCUGCUUCUGAGAGUCAAGAAUAAGAGCAGAUGUUGCUCUUCUACUAAAGUGUGUUCUGAAAUCUGAAAUCUAAAAUAAAUAAAUCAAAUUUGGUAGCA